CUUACAUUAUACACGGAAACAAGUACAUUAAUUCUACACUAUUUUCCGUACAGUUACAUAUUAUUAAAGCAAAUGGAAAAAAUGCGAAAAGGCUUUUGUUAAAACCCUUCCAAAUACUGGACCAUCGGGGCCCUAGUGGAGGAUGCACCGGGGUGUGGACAGGGAUUUUCAGAUGUCCACACGGAGAAUGGGGACAUCUUUGUUAUUCCAGCUCUCGGCCCACGAGCGCGAGCUCGACUUGGUGUUCCUGGACCACAGCUAUGCCAAACCAUGGAAUGCCCACCCGGACGCUAGCAGUGCCCGACCCACACGCAUGCUGUUCGUAACACCCCGUCGCCAGCCUGAUUCCUCAGUGUGUAAUGUCAUCUCUUCUAGGGAAUCGGACCCCUCCAUCGAUGUAGAAACGGUCACACCUACGCCAGUGCCGUUGUAUGACAACCACAAGGCUCGUAGUGUGAUGAAAGAGUGCGAGCGCCACGUCUUAUUCGCGCGCACAGUUGCAGAUGGCCCCCCACCGCCCGAUGACUGGGAAGAACACAUCAACAAGACUGGAUGGUCACUGUCGCAAAAUAAAUUAUUCAACAAAGUGCUGAAGGCCCUGCAAGCAGAAAGGUUGGCCAGGUUGGCCAAUGAAAACGCCUCCAACGAACCAGUGCUUCGCAGGAUCGCCGUGGACAAGUGUGCGAGGAAGGUGCGACAUGCUCUAGCAAGCGUGAACUGGGACACCAAGCUAACCCAGUGGCUGCACACCACCAUGAUCGAGUCUCUCAGCCUGGCCAUGCUGGCCGCGUACCUGGACGUGCUGCAAACGCUCAAGAGCAAGCUGCCCUCCCUGAUAGACAGGAUGCUGCAGACGUCGUCGGUGAAGACGGGAGCGGCGGGUGCCGAGGCCCUGUCCCUCCUGUUGAAGAGGCCCUGGGACCCAGCCGUGGGAGUGCUGUCACACAACAAGCCGAGCAAGCUCCCAGGCUCCCCUCUCAUCCUCAUCGCUCCGUCUGGGCCCACCAACCCUGCCUUCUCCACCUCGCGCAGGAUGAGGUUCUGGCAGUCCCAGCUGUCCUGCCUGGGAAAGGUGAUCCCAGUCAACACCCAUGUGAACAGCGGGGCCAAUGUGGGCAUCACACAGUGUCUGGAACACAUGCUGGGUACUGUCAGAGCCAAAGUUAUCGAGGUCCACAGUCACUUCCCCCUCAAACCCAUCAUCCUGGUUGGCUGGAACGUGGGAGCGCUCAUUUCCUGUCACGUGUCUCUCAUGGAGUACCUGACGGCUGUGGUGUGCCUGGGCUUCCCCCUGAUGUCAGCCAGCGGACCCAGAGGGGAUGUGGACGACCCUCUGCUGGACAUGAAGACCCCGGUGCUGUUUGUGGCGGGCCAGAACGCCCUGCAGAGCAGCACGGAGGCCAUGGAGGAGUUCAGGGACAAGCUGAGGGCCGACAACAGUCUGGUGGUGGUGGGAGGAGCCGACGACAACCUCAGGAUCAACUCCACCAAGAUGAAGUCCGAAGGUCUAACGCAGACCAUGGUGGAUCGAUGCAUUCAGGACGAGAUAGCGGACUUCCUGUCGGGGGUGCUGACGCGGUCGGAGGGCCACGGGCACAGCCCGGGGGAGAUGAGAGACCUGGACACGGAGAAGAAGAAGAAGCCUCGGCGGGAGCUGCCCUUCGACCUAGAGCGGGUGCGGCCCUCCUCCCCCGCCCUGCGCGGCGUGCCCAUCUCCCCCUCAGGCUCGGAGGUCAGGCCUACCGACGCUCUCCACUCUCUCAUGGACCUGUCCAGUGUGUGUAGCAGUCCCACCUCCAGCCCCAAACCCAAGACGUCCGGCCUGUCCCCGGCACAGAAGUCCAGUCUGAUCACAGCCACUCAGCUCCUCAAAACCCACAUGCAGAGGUCCGGGACUGUGCUCACACACAAGCAGGCGCAAGCUCAGUUUGCUGCUUUUAUGAAACAAAACAUGCUUGUGAGGAAAAGCCUUCCUCCUGGCACCCCCUCCUGUGUCUUCGUGCCCGUGUCCAACGAGCAGACGGAGGGCCUUGACAGGGACGAGCUGAGGGCCCACGUGAAGAGGAGGCAGUCUCCCAGCCCCAACACCACCAAGAGCGCCAAGAGGGCCAAGAUCAAGGUGACCAUCGUGUCCCACGGAGAGACAGCAGGGGGCGCCAUCAGCUCGGCAGCACAGGAAGCGGGGGCGUCUGGGAAGCCCUUCAGCGUGAGCGUGGGCCACACGGUGUCUGGAGCCAAGGAGCUGUCGGGCCUCCUCACAGCCCAGCGGUCGGGUAGCCUCUCAGAGGGGUGUAGUGCCCUGGCCUCGGGGGCCGGCCCUUUCCACCACCUGCAGACUUGCAUGGUGUCAGGUUCCUCCUCACCAGUCCAGGCGCAAGCUCCUGUUACUGCCCAAGCUUCCGCCAGCAGCCUCCUUCAAGGCCUAAGUUUCAGCCUCCAGGAGAUCGUCACCAAGUCCCCUAGCCUGCCAUCCACAGCAGCUAACAUGGGAUGCACUCAGGCCCCCAGUGGGAAGCCCCAAGUCGUGGGCUCUUUCGGCCCAGGCAGCAGCACCUUGCUCCGGGCCCUCCCCGUGGUCUCCACCGGGGGGGUGUCCAAGACCACCGCCAUCCACCAGCUCCUCACCAACGGAGGGCUAGCCAAGCUGGCCAGCAGCCUGCCCGGCCUGGCGCACAUCUCCACCCAGAGCGCUGGUAUGUCUCGCACUGCCAAACCGCGACGGCCGCGCUGAAUAUCCACGGGGGGUCGCCCCCACCCCCUUCCCCUAGAAGGCUCUAGAAUAGCAGGCACCUGGUCAGGUUACUAUGGCUUCAGGGAAGCUAUAGGAACCAUAGGACGGCAUUCUCUAGAGGGUGCAUGUUUGUGUGUGUGUCUGGGCAGUUUUCCUCAUCUAGAUGGUGAGUCUCCACACAGGCUGAAGUGUAGCGUCUGAGGAUUCAGGUAAUGGAUGAGGAUGUUUUGAAGAGCCUCGGCCUUUUCAGUUUGAGAUGAGCCGUACAGAAAGCAACAGCUGAAAGCCUGAGCCAGACGUACGAUGCCAUGUUGACAUGAGUCACGUUAUACAUAAUGUUUAUGUACAUUAGAAGGGGACGUCUCCUAAUGGUCAAAAUGCUAAUAAGUGAAUGCGUGAAACUGUUUGGAUGCCAAAACGCUGAAUGUGUUUUCGAUAAUUGUGAAAUGAAAGGGUAUAUAAAAGAUAUAAAUAUGAUACGUCGAAUGGGAUUCGCGUCCUUGCGCGUCUGUCAUUUUGAAUACCGGCCGACUGACACAUGAAGAUUUGUGUGCCUGGUUCAGACUGCAUUUCUUUAACCAGAGCUGUCCACCAGUUUGAGCGACCUCGUUCCUGUUCGUUCUACAUUUUGUUUGCUUGUUCCUUCAUGUUAACAUCUGUUACAACCUUUUUUAUAUCACCGUCAACAAGCAAAUCCAUGACCUUAGAUGCACACGCUCUCAUUGAACAGGGUAAAUAUGUUUUGAAGUUGGGGGGGAAAAAAAACAAUAAUAAGAAACCACAGUACAGCAUGUGUUGUCCUUUUGCCUUGUCAUUGCAAUAAAGACUGCAACAAAUCCAUGCA